AGUAAUGUCGAGAGAUGUCGAGUUAUGUGACCUGCGUUAUGAAUAAUGCGUAACAUAACUGGCGUGUCUGUUGUAAAAUAAUGUAUUUGCAAUUGCAUUGUUUUCGUAUUGACAUUAUUUACUCCAUAUUGUUUUUCAUAUAGACUGGUGUGUAUUGCAGGUGAACUGCAUUUAGUGGAACGUUCUCAGUUUCCUUUUAGUCCAAUCUAUAGAAGGAAGUUAUUAAUUCACAUUCUUAAGCCAUUACCGUAUGAGUGUAGUAUAGUGUGACAAUGUUUACAAAAUUUGUGUGAGGUGAACUGCUAUAAAAUGCCAACACGAGCCGAGCUACCCAGAAGCAACAAUAAUUUCCAAGAGACAUACUGCUGGACCGAUGACUUGCCAGUCUGUAGACACUCGGGAGUAGGUUUUUCAACUAACCAGAUCUACCGAGAAGAUGGAUGUCGCCAGGAAGAACAUCAGUUUGAAGACCGGAGUUUCCAUUGCUGUGUAGAUGAAAAUACAUUUUUGUAUGGAGUGUUCGAUGGACAUGAAGGUGUGCAAGCGGCGACAUUCGCUCUUCAGCGAAUGGCUGCAGAAAUUCUGCUUGGCCAGUUAACAGGGAAAACUAGUGAUGAAGAGAUCAAAGAGGUCCUCAGGCAGGCCUUUACUGCUGUAGAAAAGGGGUAUUUUGACUCUGUGGAUGACAGACUUGCUGAGCGCACAAGUCUUCAGUACGAGAUACCAGACAGCAUGACUUCAUAUGAGGCUUAUCAAAAAUUCCCUCAUCUCGUGGCCAAGCUGAAUGCUCUAAACUGCGAGUUGUCUGCGGGUACUACAGUUGUAGUGGCCCUCAUCUACUGUGGACGCCUGUAUGUAGCCAAUGUGGGAGACAGUAGAGCCCUCUUAUGUCGUACUGAUUCCAAUGGAGUGCUUCGUGUGGUUCAACUCAGUGUGGAUCAUGACUUGAGCAACGAAGAUGAACUGCUGCGGCUUUCUCAGCUGGGCCUGGAUGUGGACAAAUUUAGACAAGUGUCUCGCCUUGGCAAUCAAGAGAAUACACGUUGCCUAGGAAAUUACUUGGUGAAGGGUGGUUACAAGGAAUUUGAUGAGUUGAUGUCUGCUAAAGCAGAACCAGUCAUCGCUGAACCUGAAAUUCAUGGUGGCAUUGAACUGGAUGAGUCUUGCAGGUUUCUGCUAUUGAUGUCUGAUGGUCUGUACAAGUCAUUAGAGGAAGCCACAAGAACGGACCAAGUAAACAAAGAUUUAGCUCAGAUGGCUGUGGAACAGUUCCGUGUGCAGUCAACACUCACCGGAGUAGCACAAGCAGUUGUGGAUAAAAUUGUUCGCAUUCAUCACGAUGUCUACAUGAGUGGUUGCACUUCUCCUGAUGGCCACUCCACUGUGGCCGGUAAACGAGAUGAUAUUACUUUCCUCGUUCGAAAUUUCAAUUUCCCAUUACCAAAUGCAUUAAAUUCCCCGACAAAUGCAGUUGUCCGUUUUAAUCCUAUUGUGAUGACCGUUUCAACUCCAUCAUGGAGUGCAGGUGAUGAUAACUCUACGAUAGAGAACUCUUUGACUGAUCCUGCUACCAGUAACACAACAGAUGAUCAAAAUAAUGAUACAUCAACAACAGAAAGUUCAUCAGAUAUCUUUCCGGACAGACCCAAUCCUCUGGAUAGGAACAGGAGGAUAGAGGCAUAUGUUGAUUUUUCAGAUUUCUUCCAGAAUGUUGAGAAAGCGAGGGCAGAAGGGACUCUGCCAUCAGACAUUGAAUUCUGAACAAAAGAACUUUAUGUUGGUUUUAUAUUGUUAAGCUAUUUAUGCAAGUUGGUGAAAUGAAACUCAAGUGCCUGUGGAAAAGAAAAUUUGCAACUUCAGUGUUCCUAUUCUGUGUGUAUGCCUCCUUUGUACUCUAGUCAUGUACCUCUCGAGUUUUAUGGCAAUACGUAACUGUCCCUUGUAUGGGAUAUUUCAUGUACAUAACAUUUUCAGGAGCUAUCAAAACUUCCUUCUUGAAGGCGACUUGUUGCCAGUAUGUAGACAGAUGUUUUUAUCCUACAGAUAUUAGUGUCAGAGACUGGAAUCAAUUCUGACACUUAUAUUGAGAGAGAUUUAAGCAUAUUAAAAGAGUAGAUAUUUUAUUUCUGCAGAUAAUUAAUAGUAAUGUUGCCCCUAUACUUAUUAAUUAAAGAAAACAUCAUGAAGACACUUGGGUGCAUGGAGUUAUAACCCCACCAUUCUUGAGCUUGGCACUAGAUGGAGCUAAGUGAUCAACUUCAUGCCCCAGCCACUUUAUCCCUGAGAACUUGCCCUAAGUACCCAUAGGAUAGGAGGCUGUGUGGGCCCAGAGGCAGUCUGGUUGCUGUGGGGAAGAGCAAAAUCUGUACCCCUGGCAUCUGUUGGAUAGGAGGCUGGGUGGGUCCCAGAGCCAGUCUAGACCCUAUAGAGAAAAGAGAACUCUUGCCCCUGCCAGGAAUCAAAUCCUGGUCAUCCAACCCAUAGCCUGUCACUAUACUGACUGAGCUAUGCUAGCUAAUAGACCACAAGAAUGGUCCUAAUCUGUCAGUGUACUGACAAUGAGGAUAGGGAUAGAGGUAAGAAAUGUGUAUAUUAAAGAGACCUCAGGCAGUGGAUAAAGUUAUUGUAAUUGUGGUCCGAUAGGCUUGUACCAUGUCUCAAGUGUAAGAGAAGUUGUUUCCCCUGUUUUAAAUCACUCAAGAGGAUGGGUACCUUUAAUUAAAGUACACUAAUAUGUUCAGUUCAGCUCUGUGUUAUUGGACAAGUAUGCUAACCAACAGUGCCUUGUUUACAAACUGAAGAAGCUCAAGAAAACUAGUUGAUAUAUUCAGUCAUUUCUGAUAUUUGGUAGAAGUGCAGCAUGUCGAUAAUAGAUAAGUAAAUAGUUAACUGUUAAUUGUUGAAGAGUGAAAUAUCUGUGGACUAAGGUGAAAUAGAGAAAUAAAGUUAAUCGUUAAAAGAGUCAAA